ACUAUCAUCAUCAUCCUCCUCAUCAUCACCACCCAAAACCUGCUCCUGUCAAGAUACACGCCGCUCGGUUUCAUGGACGCGGCGCGACCGGCUCAGUGAAUGAACGCGGCUGACGCGACGCGCGUCGCUGUCCGCGGUGCUGAAACAUGUGUGUCUGGAGGUCGGGCAGCUGUGACGGCCCAUGUGGAGGCUUUCGACGCUGAGUGACGCUCUGGUUCCCCAGGAUGGGCAGUGUUGGCAGCGGGGUGGCCGGUGAGCAGGAGUUUGCCAUGAAGAGCGUGGGCACUCGCACCACCCUCCCUCGUGGCCCUCCUCUGUCCCGUCUCCACGCUCCUCCCUCCGCUUUGGACGGCUCCAGCACUGUCACGGAUCGAGGCCAGCACAACACCGCCUCGUCUCGGCCCAGCAACGGGGACAAGGCGGCACACAGAACCGGAGGAGUGUCUCUGGAUGCUUGCGGUAAUGUGGUGGGUCACGGCGUGGAGAAGAACCACGAGGUAAAGAGCAGAGAUGUGAACAACAGCAAGAGAGACAGUCGCACGCCACCCAAGAUCCUCACUGUGUCCGGCAAACUCGAGCAGAAUAAUUCUGCUCUGGUCCGGCCGUCUGCCUUCAAGCCCGUGGUGCCCAAGAGUUUUCACUCCAUGCAGAACCUGCUGGGUCAGUCCAGCGGAGGACCGUCUGCUUGCUCCGACGCUCCGCAGUCCCUCUGCGAGGAGGACAGUCUGGAUCGGGAUCCUUCGGCCAGAAACGACGGCCCAGCUGGUAUGACCGACUCUGGGAGGAACUCGCUGACCAGCCUGCCCACCAUGAGCUACGGCCCCGCUCAAGCACUCGGGCCCCUCAGCGCUUCCACCAGCCACAUCAACAGACUGAGCAGCACAGCGGCGCCGCUGGAGAAACCAGACAAACCCAGCUAUCAGAACGGCCUGAGCGUGUCCGACAGCGGACAGUCCUCCUCCGGGAAGAGCUGCUUGUCCUAUCAGAGACUCUGUCAUUUGACAGAAACAAGUGCCACCGUCCAGCCAUCGCCCUCCACUGAUGACAUUAUCCAGGACCUGGAGGACCGACUCUGGGAGAAAGAGCAGGAGGUGAUCCACAUGCGGCGUAACCUGGACCAGAGCGAGGCGGCAAUCGUGCAGGUGUUUGAGGAGAAGCAGCUCAUCUGGGAGCGAGAUAUGGAGGAGCUGAGGCAGAACUACGCCAGCCGUCUGCAGCAGGUGACCCACCGAGCCCAGCGCACACAGCAGGCUCUAAACACCCACAUCGCCCGUCUGCAGCAGGACAAGGGCCGGCUCCAGGAGGAGAUCAGCACCCUGCUCGCUCAGAGAGAGGAGCUGGAGAGGAGGUGUCUGGAUUACCGUAAGGAGCAGGCCGAUAUCCUGCCUCGCCUGGAGGAGACCAAGUGGGAGCUGUGUCAGAAGGCGGGCGAGAUCUCUCUGCUGAAGCAGCAGCUGCGAGAGAGUCAGAACGAGGUGACACAGCGCGCCGGAGAGAUGGUGGCCCUCAGGGGUCAGCUGAAGGAGCUCAAGGGCCAGAUGAAGGAGCGUGAGGAGACCAUGAUCGGCCUGAAGGACUCGUACACCAACAAGAACCGCAAGCUGGAGAGAUGUGAAGGAGAACUGAAGAGAACGCUGACAGAGGUGUCCAUGUUGCGUGACAAGCUGGUGGUGUUCGAGGCUGAGGUUCUGGGUCUGAAGCGGGCUCUGAGAGAGCUGAGCUGUCGGAGCGAUCACGCCGUGUGUCUGAGGGACAUCAGCGGCAGCAGCAGCUUACCGUGGGCCGGCCUGCACUCGCCCCGGACGCCCGAACCCAUGUCCAUCGACCGCUUCCUCAGCCUGCAGAGCGACGAGGCUAAAGCGCAGCGGCAGGAGGCCGGAGAGCUGCGGAGACAGCUGGAGCGACUGCAGGGCGAGCUGCACCUGGAGCGACAGCAGAGAGAGAGGCAGGCGCUCACCUUCGCUCAGGAGAGACACACCUGGCAGGACGAGAAGGAGCGCGUGCUGAAGUACCAGGCGCAGCUGCAGAUCAGCUACGUGGAGACGCUGCAGAAGAACCAGGCGCUGGAGGAACGGGUCGGAGAGAUCGGAGCCAAACAGGGCACCACGCCCGGAUCGCCCGGAUCACCCGUGACCCUCUCCAUCCCCGUUCUGGGCGAGAAAGAGCAUGUGCUGAAGUAUCAGGUGCUGGAGGAACGGGUCGGAGCUAAACCCGGAUCGCCUGUCGGUCUCUCCAUCCCUGUUCCUCUGACUGUGACUCUGUCCUCGACCGCCGACGAUCCCAAACCGAUCCUUCAUCAGCUGGUGCCUCCAUGGCCUGGACCUACUCGCCUCGAGCGGAUCGAGUCCACAGAGAUUUAGACAAUCAUCACCAGACUGUUCUGUGUGAAAACUAAAGAGGACCGAGAUCAGCUUGUGUGACUGCAACACAUGAACGAAUUAUGCAGUUAGGAAUUAAAAGUGAUGCACAUUUCUCCAGAUUUUAAACUUCUGAAAUCUCUUUUGGUUAUCAGUGAUAAUGAGGGAAAAUGUUUAAUUUAAAGCUUUGGAAUAAUUACAAUUAAUGUUUCUGAAAGAAGUCUCUUCUGCUCACAAAAUCAUGAAAUAUUACCAUACAUUACUGUUUUCUAUAGAAACUUGUUUCUGUCAUGGAAUUAAAAAAAUAUAAAAAAGUUAAUUGCAACUUUUUUCAUGUUUCUGGCUUUUAUCUUGUUACUUUGAUUUUUUUAGAAGACAGUUGUGACUGUCAUAGUUUAGACUUUUUUCCUUGCAAUUUUUUUCAUUAUUAAUACUUUUUUUCUCUUCUGAAUUGAGAUAUAAAUGCAAAAUUCAGAAUUGUGAGAUAAAAUUUAGCAGUUUUAGAAACAAGCUUCCAAAGUUAAUUAAUUUUAAAUGCAACAUCAUUGUAGAAACUGUGAUGAUUUAAAUAAUCUUAAAUAAAGAGAAAAAAUUGAAAGAAAUUAAUGUUUUUAUUCAGUAGGGAUGCAUUAAAUUAAUCAAAAGUGACAGUAAAGACAAGUUACAAAACAUUUCAAUUACAAAUAAAUGCUGUUCUAUUUGAUUUUCUGUUCAUCUGUGAAUCCUGAAAUGUGAAAUGUACGACAGUUUCAACAAAAAUAUCGCACAGCACAACUGUGUUCAACAUUGCUAAUAAUCAGAAAUGUUUCUUGAGCAGUAAAUCAUCAUAUUUUCAUGAUUUCUAAAGAUCAUGUGACACUGAAGACUGGAGGAAUGAUGCUGAAAAUACAGCGGAGCAUCACAGAAAUAAAUUACACUUUAACUGAUAUCCACACAGAAAACAGCUGUUUUAGAUAGUAAAAAUAUUUCACAUUUUUACUGUAUCUUUGAUCAAAUAAAUGCAGCCUCGGUGAGCAGAGAAGACUUCUUUCAAAGAAAUGUUACUUAUUCCACACUUUUAACCCACAGUGUUUAUCCCAGAGAGAGGUGUUUUGUAUCUGAAGGAAUCUGGUGUUGGUUCAGUGAUGUUUUAAUGCUUCAGGGAUGUUGGGGAGCAUCAGUUCUGUCUGCGGAGACUAAACAUGGACAGCAGGGGUCAUUACACUCUUAAAUAUAAAGGUGCUUCACGAUGCCAAAGAAGAACCUUUUUUGUCUAAAUGCUUCCAUAAAGAAACUUUGACAUCUUGUUUCACAAAAGCAUCUGUGUGGUAAAAGAAGGUUCUUCAGAUUAUAAAAAGGUAAGAAAGAUAUGGUUCUUUAACUGGAUGUUUCUUUUAUGGAACCAAAAAAUUGCUCUUCUAAGCAAAUCGCUUUGAAGAACAUUUUAAGCACCUUUAUUUUUAAGUGUAGAUGACAAACAGAGGGCUCCUAUCUGCAGGGAGAAUUACUUAAAAUAAAAAAGAAAAGCUCUUUUUUGUUAUUAAAUCUGAACCAUUGCUUUUCUUAUUCUACAGUGAUGUUUCCGGAAGGUUCUGGGAGUUGCUGCUAUGUUCUGAUGUGAUGUUGUGGAUAGACAGGCAGGCUGUGAAUAUGAUGGGUAUUUAUGUGAAAUCGAUAUUUCCAGUAAACCAACAUAUUGCGUGUGAAUAUUUUGAGAUGAUGAAAAUUAUUGUUUUUCUCAUCAUUCUGAUUAUUGUGAAUAAACCUGAUAUAUUUUAGAUUUGUUUUUCUGUAACAUGACAUGUAACACUUUCCACAGAUGAAACAGUUUCUAAAACCAUUUUCCUUUUGAUGUACUUCUGGUGUAACUAUCUGAUUUGAUGAUGUAAUGAAUUGAUUUAGAGAUCAAAUGCUAUGUUUUUAUACUUCUGUUGUUUGUAUUUAUGUUACUGUAAUCAUUUGCAUAGAAGUAUAUCUGAUCAGAAACACAUUAAAUGAUAAAGACACAAAUCAA